GAAUUGUCAAAUACGGCUAGUUGCCAUUUUGCGCAAACGUUCAAGUGACAUUUUAUAUUUAUUAUCUCCCGAAUUUAUAGGAAUACCUACAACUUAAAGGAAUUAUUUAUUAUUACAAUUCUACAAAUUUUUUGCUAUUAAUAUGACACCCACCUUAACACCAUCGCUCACUGAGAGCAACAUCUCUUCAACAUGGACGAACAAGUCCAAGCAAAACAACAUGGUGGAAUUUAUUCGAUCAGUAAGAGAAUACCGCAAGAUUCGAACCGAAGAAUCAGCAAAUAUCAUCAACCGUCAUAUACAGAUGUUAGCUGUAGCUAUUGACACAACAAUCUUUGAUCCCAAUACGAGUGUGGUGUGUGAAUUCUUUGCCAGCAUGCACGAUCUCCUCACAUUUGCAGAACCACGAUCGUCUAUCAUCUGGGGAUGUGUGGGAGUGUUACAAACAGCGUGCAAGAACCAAGCAGCGCGUCAUAAACUCAUACACACGUACCAAUUUAUUCCCUUGUUGGCACGCGUUCUUAGUGACCACAUGCAAAGCGAUAAGAAACUUAAAUUAUUAACAUUACUGCAGGAGUUAUCAUGUGGUGUAAAGAUAUCAUGGAUCAUUCCAAAUUUGGAACAUCUCAUGACCACAUUGCUUCGAUGGGUACGGAAUCCCCAAGAGAGCGAACAAGUUAAAUUGUUAUCUUUGGGGAUUGUAGUCAAUAUCUGUUUUAAAAACCUUCCUGGAACCUACAUGCUAUCAAAAUGUGUGGAUAUCAAAGAGUUUUCUAAGUUUGUAUUGACGCUGAAGGGUGUGAAAAUUGAAGCUGCUGCUUGCAAACUCUUUAUUAUCAUGGAUUAUAUCCACGGUGUUGUACCUCAGGAAACUUUUGUCACUUUAUUACGCGUAACUUUUAAAAGUGUAAAAGAAUCUUUCCUUGCUAAAGAUCCAAUUCUCCUCAGACAGAAUAUCGAAUUUUAUCUCAAUGUUAAAACUGAAGGACACGAUCUUCGUCAUCUCAUACUUGAGAAUGCCAACGAGUAUGCUCAGCGCAUAGAAGAGAUCAUUUAUAUGAUCUCUCACGAAAAGAAAACUCCCUCAGGUGAUUGUAUUGCUCACCAUCCGGAUUGCAUGAGUUUGGUGUUCAAAUUUGUACAGUCCAUCAUCGUUUGCAACCUGUCUGGAUUGAAUGAGCAUUAUGUUGUUAUGGCCAAAGUGGCUCUCAACUGGAUCCAAACUGACAACGUAGCUUCGGAUGCUUUAAGUUUUCUUAAAGCUAUUGUGGAAACAUCUCUGGAGUCAACCCCACCAUCAUCCAGUUACAACGAAGCCAUCUUGGAAAUGGUCCUUGGUGCAAUGCCAAUCUUACUAAUGAACUUACAUCAUAUUGAAGCGAACACAAAGAUGAAUAUUGCCGAAUGCACGCGAUUGAGCAUCAUCAUGUCCUUAUUACAGAUUCUAGCUAGAUGUGAUAAGACUCGUGAGAGAGUUAUUGCGCAACUUGCCAAGGAACAGUUUGAUAAACUAUUCAAUCUGGUAAUAUACGCUAAUGAUGAGUUGGGUGACUUGAACGAAAUGGAACGUGCUAAAGAUGAAAGCAACUUUACGCCUGAAGCGUUUGCACUAUAUGUAAACGCGCUCUGCCUCAUUAGCGUACUAGCUAAAUACUACAGCGACUGGCAGGAGUAUUUCACCAAACUCAUUGAGCACAAGCAGAUUCAUGUUGUUGUCGCUGAAGGCCUCUACACGGGGAAUAAAGACACACGUGCUGCAGCGUUGGAAAUUACUGGAAAUCCUAACUUUCCGGUUAAAGCUGUUGCGGAGUCUAUGUUUGACAUGUGUAAGACUACACCUUCGAGUUCCGCCUCAUCCAAUCAAGCCACAAAUACUAACUUAAUGUCCUACACGAUUGUUAGCUCACAUUCUCCUGAAUUGGAUGAGGUGAUUAAGCUUCUAAAUGAAGCACGUGCUGGACAACGUAUUAACAUUGCCACAUGUGAUGUUAUGGAGUUGUAUGAGUAUAAAAUAGCAACUAUGGGGCAUGCGGAAAGAUCUGCGAUGGCGUCAGUUGAAGCAGCUUCAACUCACUGCACACAUUUGCAACAUCAAGUCGCCUCGUUGGAGUCGGAAUUGUCUAGGAUUAAACAACUGUUUUUGCACGCCGAGCAAAUGCAGAAGGAUUCCCAGACAAAUAUUGCUACUUUGAAUGAGAAUAUAAGCGAAUUAAAAGGCGAAAAGAGAAGACGAAUACAUUUGGAAGAAGAGGUUCAGAAGCUUAACGAUAUAAUUACUCAGAAAGAUAAUCAGAUUGCGAUGAUGAUAAAUAAACAAGAAGAAAUUGUAGCAGAAAGAGAUCAUGCCAUGAAGAAAGUUAUUCCUCAGUUACAGGAAUCCCUUAAAAAGAUGGAAAAACUUUCAUUGCACAAAGACGAUAUUAUAAAAUCUAUGGAGGGUGAAAUAUCUAAUGUUAAACAACGUUUGGAGCAAACGUGUCAGGCCUUAAAAAGCACCGAGAAAGAACUCUCAGAUAGAAGCAAAGAGUUGGACGACGCACUUGCUGAAUCUGAGGAGCGUAGACAACUUAUUGAACAAAUUAUGAAGCUAGCUCACAAGAACAAGUAAACACUAUUUGUAAAACUAUUAAAUUGUUCAUGUAUUAAUGUUUAUAGUUAGAAAACCCUAUACAAAAUUGUUAUUCUUUAAUAAAAAUUAUUCUUGUGCUGCUUUCGUGUAGCAACGCAUCAGUGUUUAAAA